AUGGCCUCCUCCUCCAACGUCCUCCUCCUCCUCCUCAUGACUGCGGGCUUAAUAUUGACGAGCCUUCCAUCCACAACUCCGGCGAACCAUCUGGUUAUUCGACAGUAUAUGCCUCCGGGGUUUUCCUUAAACUACCAAAAUCAGUACAUAUUCGAAAUGCGAAACGACUGCAACGCGGCUUUUAGAGAGGUCAAUAGUCCGGAUCCCAUCUGGCAGACAUAUAUAAAUUUUGAUGGACCAAAAGAGCGCUGUCAUCUGAAAAUACGAAUAAAUUGUAACAUUGUCAUUUUAUCAGAGUAUGGUGGGAUUGUGCUCUGGGAAAGUCAGACCCAGCUGACAAGCGACGGUGCUACUCAUUGUUUCAUCGAAAUCACAGAAAACGCCACCCUCUACGAUGGUGCUGCCCGCAACAAGCUUUGGGUUAACGGCAACAAAGUUUAG